UGAAAUGGCGUUUCUCUGCGACAUCACGAGCCAUCUGAAUGUGAUGAAUCUGCAGCUGCAGGGACGGGAACGUGUCAUCUCUGAUAUGUACAGUACAGUGAAGGCCUUUAAAACCAAGUUGAGUCUGUGGGAGACGCAGAUGAGGAAAGAAAACCUGAGCCACUUUUCCAGCUGCCAGACCAUGAAAGAGAAGCUCUCUACCGCUGUGUUCCCGAGUGCGCAGUUUGCUGAUAAACUCAACAUACUUGCCGCCGACUUCCAACGCCGAUUUGCUGACUUUGAAGCCCAAAAAAGCAGGUUUGAACUGCUCAGCAAUCCCUUUGCAGUCGAUGUAGAAAGCGCACCACCAAAUCUACAAAUGGAGUUGAUUGAGCUCCAGUGCAAUGACACACUGAAGGAAAAAUAUGAGAGAGUGGGUGCUGCUGAGUUUGGACGUUUCAUCCCAGACACAAUGCCCCAGUUGUGCUUCCAGGCUGCUCGGACGCUCUCUAUGUUUGGCAGCACAUACCUGUGUGAACAACUUUUCUCUUUAAUGAAGCUAAUCAAAACAUCACACAGGAGCCGUCUUACUGAUAAUCACCUUCACUCAAUCCUGAGGAUUUCCUCAGCUCAGAGCCUAACCCCGAACAUUGAUGAACUUGUACAAAAGAUGAGACACCACCAAGUAUCAGGCUCAGCCUCAGACAAGUGAGCAUCACAGAGCAGUAAUGUAUUUUUCAGUUUUUAAAUCAGUUAAAUUUUUACAUUUGUUUGUACAAGAUUUUUCUAUGAAGGAAGUAUUGUUUUGUCUGUGUGCCAUAGAUUUUUGUAUUUCAUUUUAUUGUAUAUUAUUUUAUUUUAUUUAUUCAUAUUUAUUUUUCAGUUGAAUGUACUCAGGGAAAAUUGCAGAUAAGAGCCAUGAGAAAGAAUACAACUGAUUUAUUUUUUUAAUUUUCUUAUUUUACUAUUUGAAAGCAAUGAUCAGUAAGAUCAUAGAGCAGCACAAUAAUGCAUUUUCAGUUUAUAAUGCAUGCACUUUUAUUUAUGUAUUUAUCUUGAUAUUAAGAAACAUACUUUGUUUUUCAAACCAAUUAAACUUUUUGCUGUUUGCCUGUUGAAGAUGUUUUCCCUUGAGGUUACUGACAGAGCCAUAACAAAAUAUUGCUUUAUUCUUUUAAUGUACACAACAUGCGAUUUUUGUUUGUGAAGGAAGUUCGUUUUUGUCUGCCUGUUGAAAAAUGAUUUCACAUGAAAUUACUGACAGAUCCAUAAGAAAAUAUUGCUUUAUUCAUUUAAUUAUUAAAUAAUAUACUCUGUGUUAGGUCUUGGUUCAAUAGGCUAUGUGCAAUCAUUUCAAUAUGUUUUAAUAAACAUUGAACCAGUCUGGCCCUUGGCUUGUAGCAAAUUUGGAUUUUUGGCCCUCUGUGUAUUUGACUUUGACAUCCCUGCUUUAGACUGUCGCUAGUAAAAUGCCUAAAAAUACAAAUCAGAAUUCCUUACUGCACAGGUUCAGUGGAGAGCAACUUUAUCUUCACACCGCGAAGGUUUUGGGUUGUCUCACUGAGAGGGCUGUGUGAUUCUGCAGACACACACUCACAUGCACCAACACAGUCACUUAUAGGCCUCAGUCGCCUAGACUAGGUUUUCCGUAUUUUGUGCAACUCUUCUUUAAGGAUUUACUUCUUUCUAGAGAAAGGAUUUUUCUAUGAGCCGGCUGCUUUUGAAUCUCCUUAAGGCAAAUUACGAGAGCCAUCUAAACUCCUAAAGACCCCUAUUCCUUAGCAGCUGCUCUCUAAACCUAAGCCAAGAUUUUAUCCUUUUACUCUAUCUUUUACUUGGUGACUUGGUGGCUGCUUUCGUUCCCCUGACAGCGGCAACAGGAGCCUCUAAACCUCAACCAAGUCCUUGGCAGCUGCUUUUGUGCCCCUUAAGGGGGCAACUGGAGCCUCUAAAUCCUUUUUACCGCGGACACCAGGCCUCUCUGCCUGCGAUUUUUCUACACCAGGCCCAUCUGCCUGCGUUUUACCUAGGUUUAACUUUUUACCUCGUGUGUUCAAUCUCACCUUCUGUUCGGGAUCACGUUGGUCCAAAGUCUGGAGUCGUACGUCCCAUGGAGCGGUUACCCACACAGAAUUCACUGUGGAGGAUUUUAGUUCUGGAGGCUGCAUGCAGACCUAAACCUCAGUCAGGCACUGGGCUCUUCUGAACUGGGAACACCUGUGAUCCAGUUCAAAAGGACCAAAAGAAAUGUCAGAGUUAAACACACUGAUAAACUCAGGGAAGGUAUGCAAUAAAGACACAAGCGAGUCAAAGUUAUCUUUGGCUGGCCAGGGAGAGACAGACCAUUUUCUCAGAGGAGCUGCCCUGUGUCACAGCCUUUUAUUAAAGAAAGAAAAAACACUCAUGUGUGCUGUACCAGAUACUGAUACAACACACGUCCACAUCUGGCACUUAAGGACACGGAGAUUGGCUGGGGUGUGAAUAGUACUCUUCCCAGAACUCCCCCGUACACACACAAGUUCCUGCUCAGUCUGCAUAGCAACCACCCAAAUGCAACUCUAUGAUAAGAUGACAAUUCUCUUAAUAGUUCAUAAAAGUACUUCGAAGAUAAAUGUGAAAAGUAUUCAAACCACUUCUAUCAAAGUUCAUCAAACUAAAUAAAUGAAAAUGUCUUUUAAUGAUAAAUCAUUUAGGAUAAAGAACUUUUUUAAACUAAGCAAUGAUAAUUCAUGUACAAAUCUUCAGUUCCACACAAACAUGUCAACUUUCUGCGAUUCCUUUGGUGGCCAAAUGUAGAUGCAAGCAAUGAACCACAAGAAUACAGGAUGAGAGUGCACUUAUUUGGAGCUGUAUCGUCACCGAGUUGCUCAAAUGAUGCAUUGAGAAGAACAGCGGAGGACAAUGCAUGCGAGUACUCCAUUGAAGUCAUCAAUGCAGUUAAGUGUAAUUUUUAUGUGGAUGAUCGUCUUAAGUCAACAGCUACAGAAGAAGAUGCAAUACAAUUGAUACAUGGACUAACUUCACUCUGUAAAAAGGGUGGCUUCCGUCUUCAAAAAUGGGUCACUAACAGUCGUGAAGUGUAGGCAUUGAUUCCGAGUGAUAUCACUACAGCAGACACUAAGGAAAUGGAUCUGGACAGGGACCAACUUCCUCUGGAAAGGGUGCUUGGAACGGAGUAGUGCGUUGAAGGCGACACGUUCAGCUUCAGAACUGCACUGCAGGAACGCCCAAACACAAGGAGAGGCAUCUUAUCUGUGGUGAGCUCCCUUUAUGAUUCAUUUGGGUUUUUGUCCCCUUUUGUUAUCCCAGCUAAGUUGUUGUUGCAAGAGCUGUGCAGGAUGAACUUAAAGUGGGACGAGCCAAUACCAUCAACGCUCUCUAAACACUGGUCCAAGUGGCUUUCUGAUCUCCAGCUUAAGAGUGGAUUCAAAGUGGAGCGAUGCAUGAAGCCUCAGAACUUUGGGACACCUGUAAAGGAAGCAGUCCAUCAUUUCUCAAAUGCCAGUCAAGUUGGCUAUGGCAUGGUUUCCUACUUGAGACUUGAAAAUGCUGACAGUGUGCAUAUCUCAUUUGUUGUAGGAAAAGCCAGAGUCGCACCUCUGAAACAAAUUACUAUCCCACGUCUCGAACUUGCUGCUGCUGUGCUUGCUGUUUGUAUGGAUAAGAUGGUGAUGAGAGAGCUCCAAUUACAACUGGAAAGGUCAUUAGAGAGACUAAAGUACACCCUUCAAUCAAACCUUUUGACAGGUGGCCUUUGACCUUAAGGGGU